UGAACAACGUGCGUAGACCGUAUGGGAAUGCAGCACGGGAUUAAGUUGCGCUUGCAUGUAAUUGACUGGCCUCAGAAAAGGCGAAGUUUUCAGCGCCAAGCAAGGUUGCAAGCUACCUCGCUAUGGUGCUCGCUGCCUUUCACCCUUUCAGCUUUGUAGCCAUUUUACGGCUAUUACUAUUUUCGUUCUUUGCGGCAGAAGGCCCUGGUUUAGUAUGGGCUUACCGCAUCUCCACUUGCACAUUAAACAGUGAGAUUUGUGGAAAAGGGUUCGCAAUGUCCAGAGUGCUGAGCGGGAAAUUCGUUCAGAGAGAUCAACAGCCGUGGAUGGUGUUUCUGGCGAUGAAUUUCACCACCGUGGUCACAUACUGCUCCGCAGUUCUUCUGACCGAGGUGCAUUUGCUAACCGCGGCAAGCUGUUUGUACAGGAACGGCACGUACCCUGUGUGGACUAAGGCUUAUUACAUGAGCACAGAAAGGCUCAAGGGCGACUUCCUCUACGUGGACCAGGUGCGACUACACACCGACUACAAUGCCACCAAUCACCGGAAUAACAUCGCCCUUCUAACGGUUCAGCGGCCUGUGGUGUUUAGCCGCUACACGAAGCCCAUCUGCAUACCAACGAACCCGAUGAACCUGACAGAUAUGCGCAUAACAGUGUCUGGCUGGGGACGACUCGGUGACGAGGUGCCAACUCAAGGAACGCCAAACGUGACAACAACAGGUAAAGCUGAGCCCGAACAGACGUCACUGUACCGAGGGACACUGCGUGGCCUGGACGGUGACGACUGUUUCCACCGAUUCAAGAACUACGGCUACGACGACCUCAUCAUGUUUUGCGCUGUCAGAGACCUUAAUGCUCUCUGUGAGGGAGAUGCGGCUUCUCCGGCGAUGGCCACUGGCAGCGAUGGCCUGACGUACCUACUUGGCUUGGCUUCUUAUGGCUUUUCUUGUGGCAGCAGUGAUGUUCCAAGUGUGUUCUUGCGGAUCGAGGCAUUUGUUCCAUGGAUCUACCACAAGCUGAACCGGUUCACCGAAUACACGGAAAUACCUACGCCUUGAUAGUGGCCUGGAAUGCAUUGCCAUUAUGUGAUUGAACCUGUAAGACCGUGCCAGUUAUAUAUAUAUAUAUAUAUAUAU